CAGUUGUUAAUAUUUUCCAUUUUACCAUAAAUCAUAAAUGGUUUAAAUCCAAACUGCGAAAACACAUCUAAGAUCCAAUAUUCAAUUUUUUUCAUUUCUUUUCUCAAGUGUAAAGAAUAACAUGUCAAGGAGGCAAGUAAGUGCCACGCGCCGCUUUGUCGACAGCGGAAACUUCCCCUUAUCUGGUGCCUUGCAUUCUAAAUCCCGAUCUUCUCCCAUUUUGUCUAUUGCUCUUGUCAUUGUGGGAGCUAUCCUUCUAAUUGGCUACGUCUAUAGUGGUUCAGGUAAAUCCCGAGUUGGUGGAGUCAGUCGGCUCGAAGGUGAAUAUACAUGCACGCUUGAAGUUCAGAGGGCAAUACCAUAUUUGAAGAAGGCUUAUGGUGACAACAUGCACAAGGUUCUGCAUGUAGGCCCUGAUACCUGUUCAGUGGUCUCCAAACUUUUGAAAGAAGAGGGAACUGAAUCCUGGGGUGUGGAACCAUAUGACAUAGAGGAUGUUGCACCAGACUGCAAGAGUCUCGUGGGCAAAGGCAUUGUACGUGUGGCAGAUAUCAAGUUCCCUCUCCCCUAUAGGUCAAAGUCAUUUUCUCUUGUUAUUGUGUCAGACGCUGUUGAUUACUUGUCUCCAAAGUACCUGAACAAGACUCUGCCUGAAUUUGCAAGGGUUGCCUCUGAUGGUCUACUUAUUUUUGCAGGUUCCCCUGGUCAUCAGAAGGCUAAAGUGGCAGAAUUAUCCAAAUUCGGGCGGCCAGCUAAAAUGCGGAGUUCCACUUGGUGGGUUCUACUUUUCAACCAAAAUAGUUUAGAAGAAAAUGCAAGCGCCACUAAGAAGUUUGAGCAGGCUGCAUCAAAGAGUUCAUACCUUCCAGCUUGUCAAGUGUUCCACCUAAAACCAUACCACUAAUGCAAAGAGAAAUUCAUCAAGAUCAAAUUUCCAUUACUUUUGUCUCUCAGGUGUAGUAAAAUUAUUUCUAUUUGUUA